GAAAUCAACGGAAGCUUCAACAAACCCGUGUGACUGAAACUUGUGUUAGCAAGACACCGUAUAAGGAUGAGGGUAUACGCAUUGUAUUAUAUAACUGCGUGUCUGUGUGUCUCCCAUGUGCUGAGUGCAAAACUUGGUGAUGAGAAAGAAUUGGAGAAACGCAAUGAUCAGUCUUUCUAUCUGGACUUAGAGGACACCGGUUCUCGUAUCAAAAUAACAACACCGAUCCCAGAUAUGAGUGAAGUCAGUUAUUGCAUAUGGAUGAAGUCGACUACUAAUAAUGAUGGUACUUUGAUGUCUUAUGCUGUACCUAAUGAUGCCAACGAGCUGCUUUUGUUAGACUAUGGUAAUCUGAAAAUAUAUAUCAAUGAUCGUUAUGCAGAAACAACUGGCGUUGCUAUCAACGAUGGCAUAUGUCAUCAUAUCUGCUUCACUUGGACAUCUACAACUGGGCAUUAUAAGUUGUACGUCGAUGGAGUGGUAGUAGCCGAUGGUACAAAAGCACAAGGAGUCACGCUUGAGGGGGGCGGAAGCCUAUACCUUGGACAAGAUCAAGACAUAGUUGAUGGGCACUUUUCUAAUUUCCAAGCGUUUAUUGGACAAAUCACGCAAUUCAAUAUGUGGGGGCGUGUUCUUAGUGCACAGGAAAUAAGUGCUCAACUCGGCAAUGGUGAUAUUUAUACAUGGGACUUUUCAACCCUUAGUAUAACAGGAACUGUGACACAGAGAUUUCUAGAUAUCUGUGAUGGUGGGGCUGUUAAAUGUGAUCCUCAUUUUACCACGUUGGAUGGUCGACAUUACAGUCAUCAGGGGGUAUGUUGGUACACGCUGGUAAAAGACUGCUCCAAUGUCAAACCAGAUUUCAAAAUCAUUGCUAAAUUUGAACCUCGUGAAGAUAACACCAGUGGUGAAAUCAAAACUAGAGUUGUGGCUAUCAAUAUUACUGUUGGUGAUGAAUAUGCCAAUGUGGACAGACUAGACAUAGUGACAGGAAAAACGAAUAGUUUGUCAAAAUCGGAAAUCAUACAAGCCGUAGAAACUGAAGAAAAGAUAAUUUUGAGUUUCACAUUGAAAAAUACUGUAUUCAAAGUGGAUUGGACAUUGCGAAAACACAUCUUCACCAUUGACAUUUCUGGCUCUGAUUAUCGUGGCAAGCUGUGUGGCUUAUUGGGUAAUUACAAUGGUGAUAGCCAUGAUGACUUCCAGAAGCCUGAUGGUACUAUUGCUGAUAACGCCAUUGAUUUUGGUGAGAGUUGGAAAGUGCUUGGGACAUCAUGUUAAUGUGGGUGUCCUUUCACAGUUACUCUCAAGCCCCAGAGAAUGUUGGUCAAGUAAACGGUGUUGUGACAUUGUCAGUUUUAAAUUAAUAUUUAAAAGUAGAUGAAUUCAAGACUUGGGUUAUUGGUUAUAAUGAGUUAUAUGUAUUAGGGUUUAAUUCAAAUAAACGGGUCAAAAGGCAA